CCAUUUUCAUUUUAUGUGUUGUGGUUUGGACAAAUAAGUAUUUAGUUGGCAACGGGUUAGGGUGAAUACUAAUUUUUUAUAGCCACGGUGGCAAUAAACAUCUCCAUCGAUUGUUUUCCUAUCUUACCAAAUUAGUUUGGGGCAGUUUUGAAAAUGAAAAAGAUACCACUUGUAAUUAUUACUCCUUAAAAUACAAUUUUCCAUGUAUAUUUCUCUUCUCAAACACUAACAGAUUAUCCUCUCUCACCUCAACUCUUCAUCUAUCACCGAUAUGGUUGUGUCUUCCACCCUCUGCCCUAAGCUCUUCACCUCCAAUGCAGGCGGCUUUGCUUCUCCCUUAAGUGUCGCUCUGAUCCUUUCAAUAAUCACGUCAUGUGAAACCACAUCGAUUCUACUCCUCCGCACGAUUCAAACUCUAUUGAUGUUCGUGGAUCUUUUCUCACCAUUAGAUGUCGUCAUCACUCAUCUUGAAGUCCUUACUACCCCCCCCCUCCCCCGAUUUCUUCCGCUAGCUCAGCCACAAGGUUCGCCAGAACUGCAACAACAUCUCGGUCGCGCAAAUUGUCGAGGCCAAGUAAUUUGACAGCUUGUCCCCCUUCAUCAUUACGUCAGAAUCAAUCGCCCGAAUUCUAAAAACCUCAGUCGGAUUCCAUAUAUAAUUUUUAUUCGUAUUUUUAUGUACUUUUUAUAUUUUAUUGAUUUUUUUGUAGUGAUAUUCGUUAUUUUGCAUUGAUAUUGAUUUUCAAGUAAUGGUAUUGGGUUUUUAUUUUAUUUUAUUAGUUUUGAUCUUUAUGUAUUGGUAUCAGUUAAUAUGUACUAGUACUGAUUGAAUCUGUACUAGUAUUGGUAAAUUUUGUAAUUGUAUGGCAAAAUACUCUUGUGUAGUUAAAACUUUGACGGUUUGGCCAAAUAUAGCCACUUUUGGUGAAAUACCAAAAAUAGCCACUUCCGUCCAAUUCUUUGACGGUGUUAAGUAACGAGCUGGCUAGACUAACGAAAUUGCUGAGUUGGCGACAAUUAGUCAAUUAAAAUUGUGAGAUGGAAAAUAAAAAUAAAUUAAAUAAAUAUUUUUUAUUUUCUCUCUCUCAUCUCUCUUCUUCCCCAUCCCUUUCCUAGCCAAAACUCUAUAUUCUUCAAACUCUCUCGAUUCUUCCAUCACCGCUGGAUUCUUGCCGGAUCUCUUCUCUCUCUCCUUCCACCCUCUCAACCUCGCACCAGGCACCACUCACCCCCGCCGACACUGCUUCGUGCUCCCAAAUCUCCACUCCAACAACAAUCUAGAUUCAAAAUUCACCUAACCCCCAAACCGAGACCGAUCCACGAAACCCAACAAAUCAGGCAACAGUUGAGCAUCUGAUUUAGCAACGGUGGAGAGAAACAGAGAUGGUCAGUCGGUUGAUCUCCACGAGAAAUAUGAGGUCGGGUGGAUGUUGGGCCAUCGCAAAAUACAAGCUUCAUCUCCAUUCCAAUUCCAUAGUUUCUUGGGGAGACGAUGGGAAGCCAGAACAAGGGAGGGAAGCUGCGACAAGAAGGGGAGGGAGAGAUGAUGAUUGCAAUAUGGGCUUUAAUUUCUCCUGCUUCCUUUUAAUUUCCACUGGGGAAUAAGGAUCUGGGCUCGGCAGGAUUUGAUUUUCAGUUGCCAAUGGAGUUGUGGAUGCCGACCCCUUUUGAGUUUCAUUGGCGGCUGCGGGGGAAGACUCAGAGAUGCUGAUGAUUAACAACGCCUGGAGACGAUGAAGAUGGAUCUCGGAAGCGUCAAAUCUAGGUUUCAAUAGGAGAAGAUGAAGUCAGGGGAAAAGAAGAUGAAAUUUGGGUUUCAAUUGGAGAAGAUGAAGUCAAAUCUGGGUUCAAUCGGAGAAGAUGAAAUCUGGGUUUCAAAUCCGAGGAAGAUGUUGUGGCCAUCUCCGAUCCAUAUUCCACACUCCCCUAUCGACCCCGACUCUCUGUCGCGUUCCUUCCGUUCUCCAUGCAACUGCUUGCCUAUGGCGAGACCCGGUGACGAUGGUAGAAACCUCAGCGAGACUAGGCGACAAGAGAUCAAGGAAGGGUUGUUACUCUCCCCAUAAAUCAUAAUCAAAGGCUUUUAAAUAGGCCUCUAAAGAUAUAAAUCGAGAAGGGGAGACGAGAGAUCAAGGAAGGGUUGUUACUCUACCAACAGAACGACUCACCUAACAUAGAGAGAAACCAAUUUAAAGGGAGCAAUUGGGACUAGAAACGGCAUGCUAUAACCCUGUUUCUCUACUGUGGCUGCCGAUGGCUCUCUAGGGACGUUGUUUUGAUCGAUGAUCACCCAUGAAUCUUUGCCCAUGACUGGCUAGUUCCUUUAGUUGCAUAGCUAUGUAAACCCUAGGGGUUUAGUUACGUAAAAUCUGAAUUGGUUUUAAUAUGAUUGUUUAUUUUAUAUGUGUGAUGCUUGAUUCCCUCUAUUUCAUCUUUUGUCGAUUCGGAUGAGAGCCUAGUCCACCUUGCACUCCUUCGAGUUGCAAGGAUUGAAAUCCAAAUCACUUAGGAUUAGACCAGACAUGCAGGUCGGGACAUCAUUCGAUUGACAGUGUGAUGCCUCAAGACAGAAAUCCGAAGGUUCCUUAUCGCCCAUUAGUCAGGGUAAAUGCAUUGGCACAAGGUGGGAUGAGGAUAUCUAAGGAAUAAGCAGCUCGUAUGCUUCUGAUCACGGAGGGACCAUAACCAGGAGACCUAGGGGGAGCUUGCCUAUGCAACAUCUAUCAUUCUCUACUUUCUCACUCAUCCAAUGUAGUUAUAGGUUUGCAUUCCUGCACGUUUAUUUAUUUAUUUAUUUUGAAAAAUCGAAGGCACCUCAAGUCCUCAACCUCAUGUACCAUUUUCAAAAUUAAUAGAACUGUAUCUUGCCACAUAAGUACUGAACUGUGAGAGGCCCUACGGAAAUACGAUCCUAGCUUUGGGUCAGGUAAAUUUGACAUAACUACAAACGACAUCAUUAACUAUAAAACCAAUAAUCUUCAUCUACCAAAAGGAUGGUCGAGCAUUGUUCAGUGUGAUUAAACUUUUCUCUGGAAUGGUUGAUCUCUUAUUGAUAAUCGGUGACCACUUUGUUAGAAAGGUCGACCAUUCUGCUUGUUAGUCCCUUACACAUGGUUGACCGGUCUAGGAUAAAGGUUGACCACAAUCUUCCAUAAGAAUGAUCAUGUUGGUUUAAUUGGUAUAUCACAACCACUUACCGGUCGAUUGUUUUGUCCAAGUCAACAUAGGCAUUCCCAAUAUUUUAUUUGAUGUAUAAUUAAAGAUAUAAGUAGAAAAAUCUUUCUUUCCUAUAUCCAAUAUGUACAUGGGCGCUUGGUCGUGCUUGGGCCGCCACGACACGGGUACGUUUUGGGCUCGUUUAUCCAGUUUCAUGCUUGACACGACCCUUCAAAUUUUAUGUCGUCUCGUUCCAGUUCGUUUUUCAAAUUUUAUGUCUCGUGCUCAUAUUCGUGCUUAUUGAAAAUAAAGAAAAUAAAAUAGGGAGAAAAUUUAAUGGAGAAUGAAAGUAUUAAUUGAGA